UGUCCUCCUUCCUUGUAGCCUUCUCUAUCUUUCUUGCUGGAAAACCAAUUAGCAAAUUUCAAACACAAAUCUGAGUAAUUAGGGUUUUCUUUUUUGUGGUUGUCGCGAGAAGAAGCAAGUAAGCAGAGAAGAUGGGAGAAAGAAAGGUGUUAAACAAGUACUACCCACCAGAUUUUGAUCCAUCGAAAUUACCCAGGAUCCGAAGACCCAAGAACCAACAGAUAAAGGUCCGAAUGAUGCUUCCUAUGAGCAUCCGUUGCAAUACUUGUGGUAAUUACAUCUAUAAAGGCACCAAGUUUAAUUCUCGCAAAGAAGAUGUCAUUGGCGAGACGUAUUUAGGAAUACAAAUAUUUAGAUUUUACUUCAAAUGUACGAGGUGUUCGGCCGAGCUAGCAAUGAAGACAGAUCCUCAAAACUCGGAUUAUACAGUCGAAAGUGGUGCCACGCGGAAUUUUGAACCUUGGCGUGCCGAGGAUGAGGAACUGGACACUGAGAAGAAAAAGAGGGUUGCAGAAGAGAUGGGGGAUGCCAUGAAAUCACUGGAGAACAGAACUUUGGAUUCUAAAAGAGAGAUUGACAUUCUUGCUGCACUUGAUGAAAUGAAGUCCAUGAAGUCUCGACAUGCUACUGUCAGUGUCGAUGCAAUGCUUGAGGCUUUGCAGCGCACAGCUUCUGAAAAGGAGAGGAAGUUGGAGGAAGAGGAUGAAGCUCUUAUAAAAUCAUUAUUCCAACAAAGACAAACAGAGGUUAUUCGAAGAAUUUCAGAUGAAGAUUCUGAUGACGAUGAAGAUUUUAACAUGUCAAGUGAUAAGUUGAAGAAGAGGAAGGUUGCUGAUGAAGUUUCAAGUAAACCAACGGAUUCACUGGCAAAAGCUAGUGUUUCAGAUAGCUCAAAUAACAGUGAAAAUUCAAGUGCUUCAGGGACUCAAAAUGAUGGCAAACCUAAAUUUAGAUCCCCGUUGAUCAGGAUAUCUGUGAAAAAGAAACCAGUUGCAGUUUCUGACCGUAACAAGCCAGAGGAGAAUAAACAAGUAGAGCAGAGUACAGCUAAUGAUCCAAGCAUUGGUCUACAAUCCCUAUGCCAGAACUAUGACAGCGAUGAUGAGGAUGAUUAGUAAAUGAUUUUGUUGUAUACCAACAUUGCUUCCUUUCCUUGAUAAAAGUUUUUUUGGAAAUCUACUUCACCCUCUGUUGCUUGAGGUGCGCUGCUUAUUGAAUGUGUCAAAUACUGUAUAAGAAAAUAUAUCACUCGAAACCAUAGGUCGGGCCGUUCCAAACCAAUUAUCUCCUGUGGCUCUGGGUGCUUAAUGUUAUACUUUCAAUCUUUGGAUUCU